AAGAUGAAAGUUGGUCAUCUUCUGUUACGACAGCGACACUCGACUUACGACAGCUUUCGAUGACACGCGCCAGCUCAAUACGCAUGCGCCCGACAUCCGACAGCGACAUACGACUUAUUGUAGAACAGGCUGAAGAGAAAGCAGUCGUCGUCAGUCGUCGUGAAACAGCCGGUGCGUUUGUUGCUGCAACCAGCAGCGAGUAUUCGGUGACGGUUGGAAACGGAUAGACGCACGUGCAUUUGAUCGUUAAACGCGCAACUUUGCAAACCAUCGAGACCAAGCAGAGAGUCACCGUUUUUUUCGGCGUUUCAUCGAAGUGGACUAUUGCAAAAUAUAUCACACGUAUGUACAUACGUACGUGUGAUAUAUUAUCUUCAACACGUGUAAUCAAGCGUGUAUCUCAAUGGUCUGAUCGAAACAUUCGAUUCUGUGUCGACGACGAGGCGCGCGUUGUUUUCGAAUUAAAUACACAUUCCCUUGUACUUGUCGCUCGGCACAUUCUCCUGUGGCUUAACAUUGAAUAAUGGCAUUGGUGCAGAGACUACUUCCCAAAUCGUUAAUCGCCGUCGGUGCAAAUUACGUCAGAUGCAAAGCGAAUCAACUGUCCCUUGCGAGAUCCGUGUUCACCACGCAGCAGCAACAGCUCUCCGAAAAAAAAGAAGUUAGUAUAACAUUUCUCAAAGCCAAUGGAGAAAAAAUAAAAGCCACUGGAAAAGUAGGAGAUAGUAUAUUAGACAUUGUUGUUAACAAUGAUAUUGACUUGGAUGGUUACGGAGCUUGCGAAGGAACACUGACCUGCAGUACUUGUCAUUUAAUUUUUUCUAAAGAUGUUUAUGACCAACUGCCAUCCAAACCUUCAGAUGAAGAGAUGGAUAUGUUGGACCUUGCGUAUGAAUUAACCGAAACGUCGAGAUUAGGAUGUCAAAUAAUAAUGUCUAAAGAACUAGAUGGAAUUGAAGUGAGAGUUCCGUCUAGCAUUAAUGAUGCACGAAGUAGCUAACACCAAACAUGGACGUAGUAAGGAAUGUGGAAUAGUUAACAAAUACCUGUUAAAAACCUGUUUUUUAAUACCUCCUUAUAUAAAGCAUCCAUUUGGGUAGGUUAAUUCCAUUUUUAAAUUGCAUCUGAAUAUAAUAAGUUUAGUAGAAAAUUCUUAAAAAUUAGUUUGUGCUCAAUAAGAGCAAUAAGACUAACAAGUAAAUGCAAAUUCAAUAUUAUGUACAUAGUAGUGUAGUAAAAAUUUAGUCUUGAGAAUUCGAAAUAAUAAUUGCAACCAUUAUGUGAUUGUAUUAUAUUUUUUAAAGAUUAUAUAUAUGUACAUUAUUAUUGCAAAUAUAAAUUAUGUACAAUAUGAUACAUAUACAAAACUUGUAUAUGUUUUCUUAAAAUGCUUUUUAAAUGACAUUAACUGAGCUCUAUAAAUGCUAGCAAAGAUCAAAUUACUAUUCUAUUUAUACAUUUUCUAUCUCUACAAUAAUGUCACAAUAAAUUUUUACUCUGCUGUUUGACGAGAUCGUUAAUGUGGAAAUUUCACAACGCGCGAGCGCACGACUGAAACAAUCCAUUUGCAAAUUUGCAGUCACAUUUUCAUCAUAUUUAGAAUAAUUUAUUUUCUUUUUUUAAUUAAUUACAUGCCAAAAGUAUACAUAAAUCUAUUGUCAUUACGUAACUAUCAGUACAUAAAGCUAAAACACUUUUGUACUAUAUGCAUUAUAUGUGGACCCAACAAAUAACUUAACUCGCACGAUUAAGUUAUAUACUACCGCUCUCUUGCGAAUAUAUAUUAUUACUACACUACUUACAAAGGCGAUGAGAGAAGUGUACGUACAGAAUGUUCCAGAAGUAUCGAAAAAUAUUUUGACAGAUUCUUCGAAACAUUCUAAGAUUUUUCGAUUUUCACGAUCUUCGAUAUAUUUUUCGCUUAUAAUUAAAAAAAUAUAGCCUCAUCUCAUUUUCGUAAAAGAUUUUUGUCUCAAAAUGUCUUCCAAAGAAUCUGUUAUUGAGAUAUUUUUCAGUAGUUUUGGAACGUCCUGUAUAUAUAUAUAUAUGUUACUAUGCAAUUUACACAUAUUUUCAUCUUUUUUUACCCUACCCGUUUUGAGAAAAUCUCUAGAGUACAUAUCUCUGUAUAUAUUCUGUCAGUAUGUAUAUAUACAACGCGUUUUCACUUCUUCAUUUUAUACAUGUUUUCUACUUUUUAAUCUCCCCUCUUGUAUAUUCUGUUUUCUAAUAUAACAGCAAUUUUUAUAUUAGCGAGUUUUAUAUAAAGUAAUCGUAUAAAUACCGAACUUUUAUUUACCAGACUAUUAGAGCAAUACGACGUAAAAGCGACGUAAAAGCGUAUUACGUCACAUUACAAUGCGCUAAGCUUAUCGAACGUCUUUAUAUAAGAUUUGUUACUCAAUAAGUCGUACAGUAAAUAGAACGUUCUUCUAACUUCCUUUUUUGCAGAAAAUUGUUACAAACCUUCUUUUAUAUCUCGAAUGACAUAACUAUCGCAAGUAUAUAGAAACACAUAUUGACAAAAUAUAGAUACAAAAAUGUUUUUUACAAAUUGGAAAAUCAAACUAUAUAUGUAAGUAACUGCUAAUAACUAUAUAAGUAACUGCUUUUGUAAAACUUUUUUAUUUGCAUAAUUUUUAUCUAUUAGUUGUUUUGUGUAUUAUUAUAUCUAAACAGAUCAUAGACAGAUUUUUAUACAUACCACAAAUUUUAUAAGUAACCGAUAUUUUUGAGUUAGAUUUCAAAAUUUUUUAUGUAAAACAUUGCCUUAGUACACAAACGAAGAACAAACAAUUAUGACGGACAUAAAAAUGUCACAAAUAUAUAAAUUACUUCUCAUA